GUUUCGUAUGUCAUUGUCAAAGUACAAAAACCACAAUACUUGGUUUUGGCGCCUUUUUUCUUGCAAGUCUUUCAAAAGUCUUUCUUUUAUUCAUAAUUACCGCACUGAUAGUAUUUCUUUUUCUUUCACAACCUGUUGAUAAGAAACAUGAACUUGGUUUAACGUGAACCAGUUGUAAAUUCGGUUAUAGGGAUAAAGUAUAUCCAAAAAUGCCUGUGCAAAGUGGUAGUGUUCUUGUAAAUUUACAAAAAAAUGCUGAAAAAAUUGUUUCACCUGCUGGUAAAACUAAGUCUCCUUCUCAAGUUGCUACGAGGAGGUCUCCACGCAAUGGCAAUCAACAGAAGAUCACUACUUUGUUCCCCUCCAAAAGGAAUAGGAGCCCUGAUGGAAAUGAAAUUACUCCAAAAAAACUUAAAUAUGAUGGUGACGAAUCUAAGGAAAACAGUGUAGAUAAUAUAACUGAAGAUAAUAAAAACAGCGAAAACUUAAAAGUUGAAGUAGGUAAAAGUUGUGUAGAUGCUGCAAUAAAUGAAGAUGAUUCUAAAACUUUCAAAAAUGAUGAAGAAACUAGUUCAAAAACCGAAGUCGAUGAAAUUUCUGACACACAAGAUUCGCCAGACGGUGACAACAAAAUGGAUGAUCAGAUGCAAAUCCAAAAACAGGAUGGUUCCCAGCAAGAACCAAUAGAAAAUGGCAAAUCUGAGAAUGAAUUGGCUAGUGUGCAAAAAUCUCUUCUGGAUAAUGAAAAAUGUAACAUCUGCAGUCAAUUUUUAAACAAUUCUGACCUAAUAUAUUAUCAAGGACACCCUCAGGAUGCUGUUGAAGAAUACAUCGCAUUGACUAACGAAAAACUUGUCCUAGCAUCAGGUGACGAUGGAGAUAUUAUGGAGCGACCACAGACCAAUAUCACAAGUUUUUCUAUAUUUGAUGAACAGGGUCAUCUAUGCCCGAUAGAUGGUGGUCUUGUUGAAAAUGACGUGCGAAUCUACAUGUCUGGGUAUUUGAAAUCGAUAUGUUCCGAUUCAACUGAAAUUGAUGAGGAAUCAGUUCCUGUCAAAGAUGUUGGCCCCAUCAUUGAAUGGUUCAUACAUGGCUUUGAUGGCGGUAACAGGAAUUGUAUCACCUUGUCAACAGAAUUUGGAGAAUACAAUUUGUUAAAGCCAAGUGAACAGUAUACACCUCUUAUGAAUAACCUAUAUGAGAAGAUAUGGCUUAGUAAAGUUGUUGUUGAAUAUUUAGAAGAGUAUCAUUAUCUUCAGCCCUCUUAUGAGGAGUUGCUAGAAGUUAUAAGAGAGUCGAGUAUUCCUGAAUUAAAUGAUAUGAAAAUGACUGAAGAAAUGCUUCACAAGCAUGCUCAGUUUGUAUGUGAUCAAGUACUAAGCCUAGAAGCUGAUGAAGAUGAUGCACCUUUAAUUACAUUACCAUGCAUUAGAGAAUUAAUUAAGCUCAUGGGUAUAAAAUUCGGCAAACGUAAAUUCCGCACUAAAAUUGAUUACAAAAAGGUUGACAAAAAGGCUUGGACUAAAGCUACGACGACCCCCCUUGUUAGGAAAACAUUUGAAAGCUUUUUUACAAAUCAAUUGGAUAAAACUAAUCAUGAGUUGGUUCUAAGAAGAAAACGAUGUGGCGUUUGUGAAGCAUGUCAACUACCGGAUUGUGGUGAAUGCAAUGCUUGUCGAGCGAUGGCUAAGUUUGGCGGUCAUGGCCGCACUAAAAAAGCCUGCGUAAGAAGAUUUUGCCCUAACAUGGCAGUAGAACAGGCAGAAGAUUCCGACCCAGAUGAUGAAGAGGAAUAUCAACAAAUGGCUGAAAAAAAACAACACGACAAGAUAGAGGAUACAGUUCCUGUCAAGUUAACUGGGUCAAAUAAUAGGAAAAUUAAUUGGGUGGGCGAGCCUACUAAAUCUGAUGCCACUAAGGUGUAUUAUGAAAAAGUCGAGAUUGAUGGAGCAGAGCUGUGUAAUGGCGACUUUGUAAUGGUCGAAACUUCUCAACCCAAUAUUCCUGCUUUGGUUGCCAGGGUUGUUUACAUGUGGAGAGAAACGAUUAAUUCUAAAUCAGGGUAUUUCCAUGCAGAAGUUUUUAUAAGAGCUUCAGAUACCGUUCUAGGUGAGGUUAGUGACCCCAGGGAAGUGUUUUUAGCAGACAGAUGCUGUCAUGGUGCUCCACUUUCAUCAAUAUUAAGGAAAGCCUGCGUUGAAAAAGGAGAGAUUCCUGAUGAUUGGUUCAAAUUAGGUGGUAAGGAAGUAGAUGACAAACACUUUGAUGAUGAUGGUAAAACAUAUUUUUACAAUAAAUAUUACGAAAGGUUUACAGCACGAUUCGAAGAUUUACCUAAAGACCCUAUUUGUCCUAAUCCGCUAAGACAACACCGCUUUUGUCCAUCCUGUGAGAGAAAAACUAGAAGGGAUGCUAAGAACAUACCUAAAGUAUUUGGAAAACUGUUAGAAAAAUCCAGUUUGGUGCCUGAAAACAGAACAGAGUGGACAUUAGUAAGGUGGCAAGAUCACGAUUACAAGAAAGGUUGUGGCGUGUUCCUCAAGCCAGGAACAUUCAAGUUGAAAAACACACUCACUAAUGCUAGCAGCAAUGUUAAACCAAAGUUAGAGAAAGUCGAUGAGGAUGUUUACCCUGAAUAUUACAGGAAGAGUGACAAUAACUUGCGCGGGUCGAACAUAGACACUGGAGAGCCAUUCUGUGUUGGCUACGUAGCAGCCGUCACUGCUGUAGGAGAGGGACCUUUAAUAGUUCCACAAGAUAUCUAUUUAAAAGUUAAUGUACUUUAUAGACCUGAAAACACGACUAGCAGAUUUCCUCAACACGAAGACGUUAAUGUGGUCUAUUGGAGUGAAGAAAUUCGUGACGUGCCUUUCUCUGCAGUUGUAGGACCAUGUCAUCUAAUUUAUGAACAAAAUGUUCCACCACAAUAUACCUUGGCCGAAUGGCUAGAGAGAGACCCAAGUCGGUUUUACUUUAGAAUGGCUUUUGAUAAAUCCAAAGGUCAGUUUGUAGAUGUGCCACAUCACGCUGUAAGUGUUGGACGCACUGAACGCGGCAAAGACAAAGGAAAGGGUAAAGGAAAGUCUAGUAAGCCUGUAGAAGCAACUGAAAACAAAUUGGAACAAAUUUCGGUACGACCACUUAGAACUCUCGAUGUGUUUGCUGGCUGCGGUGGAUUAUCAGAAGGCUUGCACCGGGCCGGUGUCGCCGAAUGCAGGUGGGCUAUCGAGAAUGUCGAGGCUGCUGCACACGCUUAUGCAUUGAACAAUAAGAACUGCAUCGUUUUUAAUGAAGAUUGUAAUGCGCUCCUGAGGGAAGUAAUGUCUGGCGCCACGCACAGCACGGGCGGACAUCGCCUCCCCCAGCAGGGUGAAGUGGAACUGCUGUGCGGCGGGCCCCCGUGAAGAGUGGCAGCCCCGGAAAAGUGACUAGCUUCUGCCCGCGACUUCGUACGCGGAUCCUGUCCCUUAUGCCAGCGACUACGGGGUCAGCAAAAUCAAAGAUCUGAAUCGUCUGAUAUUGAAUUUUA